AUGGCGGCUGAGACGAGUCAUUUCCGAUUGCCACCGACACUGAAUAUCACUGAUGGAAAUGUUGCAGUAAAUCAUAAGAAGUGGAAACGGCAAGUUGAAGUUUAUUUGAUGGCUUGUGGGGCCACGGAAAAAUCAGCUGACACUCAAGUUGCUAUCAUUCUCAACUGUGCUGGUGGUCAUAUUCUGGACAUAUUCGAUCAAUUUCAGUGGGAUGCAGAAGAAGAUAAGAAAAACACUGUGAAACUUUUUCAAAAAUUGGAAGAAUAUUUGACUGGUAAAUUACAAGAAUUGCUUUUAAGAGAAGAAAAUCUGGAUUUGACCAAAGCUGUAAAAAUCUGCAGAGCCUAUGAACAAUCCAAUAAACAUGUGAAAGAAUUAAGAGAAACAUUAGGCACAAGUACGUCUACUCAUAGAGUGAAUCGAGUGUACAAAGAAGAUAGGAAAUCUACUAAUUUUCCAUCCAAGAAAGCAACGCCAAGAACAAGUUCUGGAAAUACUUCAUCUUCGGCGAAUCAGAAGCCUGGACAACAGAGACGUGGUGAUCGCACUUAUAAUGUCAUGAGUCGUGAUGGCGCAAUUUAUCGCAGAAACCGUAUUCAUAUUAGACCAACAAAAUUGUUUGUAAACAUAAGAGAUAAAUCUCCUAUAUUUGAUCAUGAUUUUGAUCAUACAACCAAUACUGACGAACCUGUUGUCAAUCCUGGAAAUGAUACUAUGCAUAAUGAUAUUCCAGUUGAGCUGUCAAACUCUAGUGCAAUUAAUGACAGACCUAAACGUGCUAAACCCCCUAAAUACUAA